UUUUAUGUACAAAAAAGACGUGGUAAAGUGAUUUGAUAAAAUGCUUAGAAAACAACAACAAAUCAAUUUUUGAGCUAAAACUCGACAAACUUGAGGUUUGACGUAUAAGAGCUUAUAUUUUGGGUAACUUAUUUACAAUCUCUCAAAAAAUCUGAAGUUAUCCUUAAAAACAGUACUCAUUCACAAUCUAGAGCCCCCUGUAGAACUAUUUCAGACCUUUUUCCACUUUAUAACAUUUGAAAACCCCGCGCUUUUCCUUCCUUUCCCCAAUUAACUUGCUUCCCAGCUGUUAUCCAUACGGAUACAGUAGGUACCGAUAUGAACUGAUAUCCAUUCGGAUAUACUAGAACUAUGUCUACCUAAAACAAUACGUCCAUCCUGAGUGCUAACCAUAUAUACUUAUGUAAACUGAACUAUAUAGAAGUCUGAUAUAAAUUAAGUACCUAUUAAACCUAACACCAUAUUCAAUAGUUAUUUAUGAGUCUCUGUCUCUCUCAUGAUUUCGAGGUCAGAUUCGAAUCAGACUUAACUUUCUAAACUGAAUUAAAGUUGUUCUCUAUCUCUUCGUAUUCUUAUUCUCAGUUAGCAUAGACUUUGACUACAUAGAUUACACAGUGUAUACCUCACCCAACAGCUGAGGGUAUAACACCAGCGAUAUUCAUGAUCAGAAAUUUCGCUACAAUUUUAUUUAUUUACCAAAAACGCUUUCUAAAAUGAAAUUCAGCUUAAAGUGUAUUUCAACAGAAACACUUAUAAAAUUCACUGAAAAGUUUCAUUGUAAACAGCAAUAAUUGAAUUAAAUAGAUGGAAGUUUAGUGAACUGUUUGCUAUUUCGUUCUUAGUCACCUUCAUUUUUAUUUUUGUUUGAAGACAUUAUGUUUUAUAUUUUCCUAUUCUUUGUUUUUUUAACUCUCGCCUUGAGCCAAACUAGCCACAGCCUCGAUUUUAAGUGGACUUCAGCUUCACAAGCGUGAGUAACAAUCGUGACUUUAACCGGAUUCUUCGAGCUUCACAAGUGUGAGUAACAAUCGUGACUUUAAUCGGAUUCUUCGAGCUUCACAAGUGUUACAAGAUUUUUCAGCUUGACUUUGAGGUGAAAUGGAUUCUUCUAUCCAAAAAUCGGAAAGGGAUAAGGCAGCGCUGGCCAUGAAAACAGGAGAAAAAGAAGAAUCAGAAGAUGAAAAAGAAGAAUAUAAAAACAACGACGACCACGAUGACGAAAUUGAAGAAGAAGGAGAAGAAGAAGAAGAAAACAAUGAAGAAGAAGAAGAAGAAGAAGAAAACAAUGAAGAAGAAGAAGAAGAAGAAGAAAACAAUGAAGAAGAAGAAGAAGAAGAAGAAUUUGAAAAUGAAGAUGAAGAGGAAGACGACGACAACAGCAAUGAUAAAAAAGACAAAGAAGAAAACUAUGAAGAAGAAGAAGAAGAAGAAGAAGAAGAUGAUGAUGAUGAAGAAGAAGAUGAUGAUGAUGAUGAUGAUGAAGAAGAAGAAGAAGAAGAAGAAGAUGAUGAUGAUGAAGAAGAAGAUGAUGAUGAUGAUGAUGAAGAAGAAGUAGAUGAUGAAGAUGAUGAAGGAGAAGAAGAAGUUGACCCAAUUUCCUCAAGUGACUCAGCUUCAGCUAUCUCUACACCCGGCUCAAGUCCACUUCAGUAUAACUUGACUACAGAGAACGAAGCUAUCAAAACCGACCAAAUGAUUGAAACCAGUCCAAGUGGGAUAGAACACACUUCUCAAGCCCACAUUAAUUUCCCUGAAGCGACAUGUUCAUCAACUGAAGAUCCAUUUUCGAAUCAAUUGCCCUCACUUUUUUCUGACAAUGAAACUUCCCCAAUUGGAAUGGAAAUCGAUUACGCGGAUGAUGACUCCAAAAAGAAAAGUCGUAAGCGUCCAAGUUCAAGCUCGGCUUGUACGGCUCCCCUUCGAGAAAAGUAUUUGCAGACUACCGUGGAAUCGCUGACUCACGAACUGGACAAGCUAGAGAUCCACUGGCCCGGAGAUGGAAGAGCUAAAUUUGACGACGAAAAAAAAUUGAAGCAAUUUAUGGAGUACCAGUAUCCUGACUGGAAAAAUCCAGGGAAGGUAACUUCGAUACCCUGUGUCAGGAUCCCUCGCAUGAUAGUUAGAAACGACCAGCUGAGCGAAAAACUGCAGAAACAAUAUAAAUCGCUGCAGAAAGGAGACAAGGCAGAAAAUGACAUUUACAGGCUGUUUGUGAACGAAGUCUCCACAGAUGAUUGCGGAAUCAUGAUUUUCCCAAAUGUCGAUGGAAGUCACAUUUUUGAAAAAGGAGGACCAGGCAGCGUAGAAAUUGACUUGAUAGUUGCACACCCAACGAAAGGGAUUUUCGUCUUCAAUAUCAAAAACGAGCAAAAAGUAAAUAUCCAAAAGCUUCGAACAGAUAUUCGAAAGCACACUGACUUCAUACGCCAUAUAAUGUGUUAUGGUGGUCGCGCUAGUGGUUCAUCGGAAAGGAUAAUUGAAAUGAAGGAUCUCAAUGAUGUUCCAAUUCACUCUGUCAUUUGUUAUCUGCCUGGUCAUAACUCGUCAAUUGUCAAGCUUGCAGAUGAAAUCAAUUUGUACGCCUUGCAACAAAAACAACUUGGCCGGCAGCCUGACCAAGUGAUUGUAUUUCAAAAGGCAGAGCUUAGCAACUUCGCAGUACGCUGGGCCGAGACAAUUCCUAAACUUCGCAGAAUGGAAAAAACAGACAGCUUCGACACUUUAGUUGCCCGCCUUGGUGCCCUGAACUCAAUGGAGGGAAGCAGCUCACUUCUCCACCAAAAGUUCGUCUCUAAUGACAUUCAAGCUAUUCAAGUAAAAAAAAGCAAACUAGAGCCAAUGCUUGCAGAUCAAAUUGAUGGAAUUUUCCCUGAAGAAAAUGCUCAGUGGCAACAGGAUCUGAUAACGACCUCAAAAACACUGUACAAUGUGUCUGACAAAGGAAAAAUACCUGUAAUUCUGUGGACGAAAGAACAAUUGGAAAUCAUAGGGGCAGUCUUUAAAGGACUCACAGACCCUUCAAAAGAGAAUAAACCUCUUCGCAUAAAUGUACGAGGGGCAAAAGGAACUGGCAAGACUAUGCUGAUGGUUCAUUUAGCCCAAUUAGCCAGGUGCAUCUAUCAAAAUCAGCAAACAGAGGGUCAAGUUAUUGUAUGCGACGGUUCUACCAGAGCUAAACUUCUGUUUUCAUAUCUGGAGCAAGCAUUUCAGGGAUCAGGUAUUAAAUUAAUGAAACACGUCCCUAAAGUUUCCGAACAUAUAAAAAAGAGUAUCAUUUUUGUCGACGAAGAUCCUUUCACAUUCCGUAAUGGUGAAGCAGAACUGUCAAGCUGGAUAGGCACUGAAGCUCAUAUAUGUAUUUUCUCAUCGAAGCACCAAAGUAUACCAAAGAUAGGGCUGCAGAACAAUUUAACCACUUUCUACUUGUCGUACACAAUGAGGUCAACAAAACAACUUCAAAUGUUUACUAAUAAGGUUAUCAGUAACUCAGCCCCAGGUUACAGAGAUUUUAGCGGGUUGCCAUGUCACAGUCUAGAUGGCACCAACCGACCAGACAUCAUUUACGAACCAUCUACAAAUGCAUCUGAAUUUUCGAAAAAAUGUGUCGAGACAGUAAUGAAAUACGUUGCGUUGUCAAGUAGCAUUCUUGUUAUAAUAGAAUUCCUAUCGCCACAAUGCCAAAUUGAAAUCCUCUCAAUUUUAGAAGCGAAAAAAGUUGCUUUGCUAUCAACUUCAUAUGAAAUAAACUCUGAUAAAGAAAGAAAAAAACAAUUACCUAUCAUUCAAGUGGAGUCGGUUGAGGAUAUCUACGGGAGUGAGUUUCAAACUGUUGUUAUUAUGCUUGAGAGUAAAGUUUUCUUGGGCAAAGACUUAUUCUUAGGUAAUUUCACAAUGGCAGUAACACGUGCCACGACCAAUUUGGUCAUUGUUGCGGCAGACACUUCUUUUUCCAAUGCUGUGCUCGAGGAAAAAGCGAUUUCCACAUUAUUUCGGGUUUUCAGAAUAACAGAUUUUCAUCUAUCAAAAAAUCAUCUAUCGAAUUACAUCACAUCUUUGUUGAGAAUUUGCUGCAAAAAAAACAGUAUCGCUGUGCUUAUUGGAAAAGCUUCGAAAAUCGAUAAUUUAAAGGAGACCGAAUUGACAGCAGAAGAACUAACUUGGAGCUGCGCGAAAGACAUGAAAAAGUACACAUUCGGCGGAGAUGGAAUUACUAUCGUAUGUUUCUCAAGUCUAGCUAAGGGUUGUUCACAAGCAGCGCUAGAGUGGUACCGCCAACAAGAUAUUUCGGUUGUUUUUGUUGUUCUUGGGAAUAGCAUCGACAAAACGGCUUUUGCGCAGCUAUCUCUUCAAUCUGCACUUUACCUACCUCUCAAACGUUCAAUGGUUCUAAGACUGGAUUGCCUUACAAGUUCAUUGAUUGACAUAAGCCACUUCUGCAAAGGCCUGAAUGAUCAGACAGGGACAAAUUACAACACUCGGUUGCCAGUGAUGAAUCAUUAUGAUGAAUCAACGCUAAUUGCGAAUGCCGAGAACUACAAAAGAGAAGAGCUCAGAGAAUUGAUAUCAGCAUGUGAAAACGUCAGAAAUACCGAUGCAGUUACCUUUCUCGCGUUGUUCGGACUUUACCCAGCAGCGUUCGAUGUAGUUUUUCGAGAGUAUUGUGAACAUAUAAGAUCAAAACAAGGAGACCCAGAGAGAAGGAGGGAACAAGCAGUGGCUUGUAGGAAAUAUGCGUCUGAACUGCUCCUUAAGAUAACCAACCAUCGCGACCUUAUGUUUAAUCAAAUGCAAGAUGACGAUUGCGGUCGAUAUUUACAAUCAUUUCUAUCUUUGCUACACGCAAGUUGUUCUGUUUGGUUUAAUCCAAAACCCCUCAUGGGUUAUAAUCAAAUUAUCGGAAUGUGUACAGCUGCAAUUAACAAACUGCAGGUCGCAAACAUUAGCUUUGACAGUAACCAGACUGAGACUACAGAACGUUACCAUCACCAGACCGUUGUCAAAGAUCGUUUAGACAUGGGAAGAGCAGAAUUUGUUGGGCUUAGCAUGGGAGACUUUAACAGAAUCAAAUUCAUUCAGGCCAUUAAGCUAACAGUCGAAGCACGGACUGCUGCCGAAAAGAGGGAGGCAGUCAGGAAACUUUCCAACAUGGAAAAAACAAUCAGACGAAAAAAUGCACACAUAUAUAUACUCAAGAAUGAGUAUAGAAAUAAGAUUAACACCGAGACAAUAUCUGAAUUGGCAAAGAAACGGGCACAAAUAGCCAACAAGUGUGCUGAAUAUGCAGUUUAUUGUGUAGAGCAAUCAACUGCACCUCACCACAGACUAUUUCACUUGGACGCUGCCAUUUUUUCUACAAACGGUAUAUUUAUGGAUCCCUUCAAUUCUGCGUGUUAUGAUAUUCUGAUCAAAGUGUUUAGCAAAGAGAAGGAGUCAGCUGAGGCAGCUAUCAACAAUGAACAAAAUAAACACAUUGAAGAGGAAACACUUUUGAACCGUUUAGUUGAGGAAGAUAUUCAAGUUGGUUGGGCGAAACAUGUGGUUUUCCGUGAUGGAGAAUGGAAGCUUUCAGUCGACGAAUUUUUUUUCCAUAAAGCUGGUAUUUUCAAAAUCUUCCAUUGAAACAACAGUUUAUGUACAUGGACAUUAUACAAAAGCUAUUAAAUUCUAAUGUGCAGUAGUUUUAGUUGAUAUUAAAAUUUUAAGGUGUACUCGGAUAAUACCUGUGCAAAUA